GGAACUCAGUCUAUAUAUAUAUAGGCAUUGACAUGUUUUCUCAUCAACACAACAUAACCACCCGUUAGCAUAUUACCUUUCAAUGGCAAAGAAACCUGUCAAGUACUACGUGGUGGAUGCUUUCACAGAGACAGUAUUCAAAGGGAAUCCAGCAGCAGUGUGUUUCUUAGAAGAAGAUAAAGAUGAUGAAUGGUUGCAAGCAUUAGCUGCUGAAUUCAAUGUCUCUCAAACAUGUUAUUUGACUCCUAUUCAUGGAACCUCUAUUCCUCGUUUUGGUCUCAGAUGGUUUACUCCUACUGUUGAGGUUAAUCUUUGUGGCCAUGCCACAUUGGCAGCCUCACACAUACUUUUUUCAUCUGAUUUGGUGAACAACAGUGUUAUUGAAUUUGUGACACUAUCUGGAGUUUUAACUGUUAAAAAGAUCCCUUCGAUCGAUGUGGUUGGUGUGCCAAAUUUGCUGAAUGGUAAAGCUCCUCCGGUUGAAUUUUACAUUGAGUUGGAUUUUCCUGCUUAUUAUCCUAUUACAAAAUUAUACCACGAUGACAUUUCAAUCAUUGAUGAGGCAUUGAAUGGUGCUUCCAUUAUUGAUAUGAAGAGAACAGAAUUUGCAGAUGAUUUACUUGUUGUUGUCACAUCUGGAAAAAAUGUCUUAGAAGUACAACCACAAUUUGAUGCACUAGCUAAAUUAUCUGGAAGGGGAGUAAGUGUUACAGGGAUUGCGCCUCCUGAGUCCGGAUUUGACUUCUACAGUCGAUUCUUCUCCCCAAAAUUUGGAAUCAAUGAGGAUCCUGUUUGUGGGACUGCACAUUGUGGCUUGGCACCCUAUUGGAGCGAAAAACUGGGGAAGUGUGAUUUAAAAGCUUAUAUGGCAUCAACAAGAGGAGGAGCUCUAAACAUUCAUGUUGAUAAACAGAAACAAAGGGUGUUUUUGCGUGGGAAGGGCGUUACGGUGAUUGAAGGGUAUGUUCUGGUCUAAUCAUGUUUUUAUGUGGGAGAAGCUUUACAAUCAAAGUACACAGUGGCUCACUUGCAUAAAUACAUGGAACAAAUAUCACAAACGACAUAAAUUGGUAUUGCAUCCUUAAAAAAAAAUUAAAUUGGUAUUGCAGCAUUUAAUUGUUUUGAUACUUUAGCACAUAAAAAGAAUAAACAUGAACAUUUUGUGUAUUUCAUUCAUAAACCAUUGUGCGAGUGUUGUAGGAUUUAUUGAUUUCAAUAAAUUGGUCUUGCUUAUGAGUUGGCAUCCCCUAGUAGAAUAGUGGUUUGUAUUCAUCCUAUGUAUGAGCAUAGGAAAAGGAUAUUAAAGCUUGUUAAUGUCAUGAAUAUUGGAUGUCUCCUAUUUGAGCUCUUGUAUAAUUUUGCAAAUAAUACCAGAGUUUUGUAACAGCAAA